CAGAAUGUGCAGUGAUUGGUCCAGAGCACCGCCAGUUAUCCAAGUGGAGGUUGGCGCACCCAGCGGGCACAUCACCAUCAGGAUUUUCUUGGGUUUCGAUGCAAAUGAGCGCGCGACGGUUCCACUUCUCAAUUUCAUUUCGACAGAAACUACCAUUAAGUGAAGAGUGAGUGAAGAUUAGUUUGAUCAAACAAACGUUUUUGCCAUGGAGCGGAGGACUUCUUGCUUGGCUCUGCUGUUUAUUGUGUGGUCAGGUGUCGAUGCCAUCACAGUUGCCAUUCCUCAGAAGCAGUAUGAAUUUUUCAGAGGAGAAAACAUUACACUGCCAUUCACGUUCCAAGCCUUGAAUAAAAAGCCAUCACAAGCUUCCAUCACAUGGUCUGUUUUGGAUAUAACACCUGAUGCUGAGGAGGUCGUGAUUGCCUCUCACUAUUAUCCCGAUAAUAGCACUGACAUCACUUCGACAUAUGAAGGCAGAUUGUUUUUAGAUGCAAACGUCACUGCAGGGAAAGCUACCCUCAAACUUAACUUCAUCACACUGAAUGAAAACAAGAAGUUUGUGUGUCGUGUCCAGAUCCCAAAAGAUUUGGGCAUAUCAGCGGCCACUACACGUGUAGUGGUUCUAGCGGCUCCAUCUAAACCCAACUGUAAGAUCCAAGGACCAACAGAGUACGGCCAGGACAUCACCCUGUCCUGUUUAUCUGAUGAAGGUUCCCCUCCUCCUAUUUAUAAGUGGGAGAGUUAUGAUGUAACAAACCAGAAUCGCCCUCUACCACCCAAAGCCACUGACGUUGGAGGCACCCUGUCUUUAUAUAAUAUCUCCAAAGAUUCUUCAGGAUUCUACAUCUGCAGAUCAACCAACAAAAUCGGUUCUGCUUUCUGUAACGUCACUAUGACAGUCAUGCCACCAUCCAUGCAGAUUGGUUCCACUGCGGGAAUCAUUGGUGGAGUCCUCGCCUUUUUGAUCAUACUUGUCGUCAUCAUCUGUUGCUGUUGCUGCCGCAAAAAGAAGAACAAAGAGGAAUUUGCCAUGACGAAACAUGAUGCUGAAUAUCACGACGACAACCCGGAAAGACUUUAUGAGAAUUCAGCUGAUGGGGAAGAGAGGGCACGGGACAGCGGUGACCCCAAGGUGACCAUAUCGGACCCCAUUGAGCGGCGUGACAACUAUGGGGACAAGAGUGAGCGCUAUGACGACCGCAAGGACCGGCGGCAGGAUGACCAACGCAGCGACUACGAUGACCGGCGCAGCGACUACAGCGAUCGACGCAACGACGAUCGACGCAAUGACGAUCGACGCAACGAUAAUCGACGCAAUGACGAUCGACGCAACGAUAAUCGACGCAAUGACGAUCGCCGCAGCGACUACGACGACCGACGCAGCGACUACGACGACCGACGCAGCGACUACGACGACCGACGCAGCGACUACAAUGAUCGACGCAGCGACUACAACGAUCGACGCAACGACGACCGUCGCAGUGACGACCGUCGCAGAGACUACGAUGACCGUCGCAGCGACUACAAUGAUCGCCGUGAGCGCUAUGAUGAUGAUCGCAGAGAUCGUCAUUAAGUGGAUGGCGAGUGCUUUGAUGACCAUGACAGAUCAAGGAGUGACAGCGAUGACUGAGGUCAUCCAUCAAAUUCAAUCUCCUGUUCUAACUCCUGAUUCUGCAUGUAACUGGGGCAACAUUUUGGCCCAGGUGACCAAUCAAAGAGAAAACUAAGAGAAGAGAAGUCAUUAGGAGAAAAUGUUAAAGGUUGACUUGUUUAUUCCUACAAAUCUCAUAUGAUCUGUUUUUAACAGUGAGCAGGUUGGUGGAGUCCAGAGUCACAGGUUCUACUUCAGGUUUAAAUAAUGCAAAGGAUAACAUUUGUAUCUGUAUGUGCAAAAAUUGCAGGUUAUGCAGAUAUUGGGAGCUAGACAGACAUUUCACAAAUCCCCAAAACCUUUUUUUCAAAGAAUGUAAAAUAUUAUAAAAUUAGGCUUCUAAUUUUGUAUUUAGCAUUUGCUUAAUCUAAUAGGAGAAUUGACCAGUUCUCCCCUUUUUAUGCAGAUUAUUUGCUGCAAAACGUUUUUAACACUAACAGUUAAAAAAUAAAUAAAUAAAUCUGUUGCUAUUAGUAAAACUCAAAAUGUACCAUGAUAUACUCUGGCCUUGUACUUUCUCAAUAAAAUAUGCAAAGUGGGAUGCUCUUUCAUGUACAAGGCUCAUGUUUGACUUUUGGAACGUCUGAGUUUAACUUUGCCGCUCUUCUGAUUUGGUCACAUUCUGACACGAGGCAUUAUUUGGUACAAACAUUGAACCAGAAUGUGUUUCAUAAAUGUUAGAAGAAGUGGAAGUGAGCUCUGUUAGAUGAUGUUCACGUUUUAAUGUCAUGACCAUCCUUGUCUUUUUUUGUUAUUUGUUUUGUAUCAAUUUUAUUUUAUGCUUCUGCUUCUGGGUGUGGGUUUUGUUUUUUUUUAAUCAUUUUACGCAAAGCUACCUCCACACUAGACAAUAGGUUUUCAACAUUCUUUAGAUUUGCCCAGAUUGUUAUUGAAUACAGUUAUUUGCAUACUUUCUAUUUACAUGUAGAAACAAUCUUUUAUCUGUAAUGGAUGUUUUUUUAAGCCUUUUUUUUCUUCUUUCUUUUUUCACUGUGGUAUUCUAUAAAUUGGAACUACAGUUAUGCUAAUUGUUGGUUUUGAUAAUGUUACCACUGUUUCUCCUCUUUGGUUGUACAAAAAUGUUAUUAAAAAGAGGAUUAAAUAAAAUGAAUGAAGCAACAA